CAACCAGGAACGAAUCAUGGUCCAGGCGAGCUCACCAGACGGAGGAGCAAAACACAGGAGAGACAGAGGCGCAAGAAACCAAAAACGGCAGGGUAAACCCAUUAAAAAUGGAGAAUUUCGACUUCAGCUCCAAAUGGAUGUCAACGGUGGCCAGCAUAUGGAUUCAGUGCACCAGUGGCUCCUUGUAUACUUUUUCCAUCUACUCCGACGCCCUCAAGUCCAGUCAGCACUAUGAUCAGUCUACCCUAGACACCGUGUCCGUCUUCAAGGACAUCGGUGUCAACGCCGGCGUUCUCUCCGGUCUUCUAUAUGAUUUUGCUGCCCACCGAACAAAGGCUGGGCCUUGGGUGGUUCACAUGAUUGGCGCGGCCCAAUGUUUUUUGGGAUAUUUCCUUAUCUGGGCCGCCGUCGCCGGCGUCAUCCCUCCAACGCCCGUCCCGGUUAUGUGUGUGUUCAUUCUCGUAGCUGCUCAUGCUCAGAGCUUUUUCAAUACCUCCAAUGUUGUCACCGGCGUGCGUAAUUUCCCACACUAUGGCGGAACCAUCGUGGGCAUUAUGAAGGGAUUUCUUGGUCUCAGUGGAGCUAUACUAAUCCAAGUGUAUAGGACGAUAUUUAAGAACAAGCCUACAUCAUACCUCCUGAUGCUGGCCUUCUUACCACCUGUAAAUACUUUGCUGCUUAUGUGGUUUGUCAGAAUCCACAAUACUCGUGAGGGAGAUGAAAGGAAAUAUCUAAAUAUUCUGUCUAUGAUAGCUCUAGUUGUAGCUGCUUAUCUUAUGGCUAUCAUAAUUCUAGAGAACAUUUUCAGUCUGCAAUUACCGGUCCGCAUCUUUGUGUUCAUUUUGUUGAUAGCGUUGUUAGCCUUGCCUCUAGGGGUUGCACUAAAAGCACGGAAAAGAAACUUCAAAAAUGCUUCUGACAUUUUCCCUUCCGAGGCUUCCCCGUUAAUUGCUGAACCAAGCCCCUUAGAUAGGGAGAAGAGGGAUGUGACACAAGAUUCUGCCGAGGGUCAUACGCCUAGUAAUACAGAUCAAGAUAUGAUUACUAACAAUCGAAGGGCAUUGCAGCUGGGAGAAAACCAGAAUCUGGCCCAAGCUCUGCAAUCUGUGAAUUUUUGGUUUCUGUUUGUUUCAAUGGCAUGUGGGAUGGGAUCGGGACUUGCAACAGUUAAUAACAUCGGUCAGAUUGGAGGAUCCCUUGGUUAUACAAGCCAUGAGACUGGCACCUUGGUUUCUUUGUGGAGCAUUUGGAAUUUUCUCGGCCGUUUUGGAGCUGGUUACGUUUCAGAUUAUUUCUUACACGCAAGAGGAUGGGCACGGCCUUUAUUCAUGUUCAUCACUCUAAUGAUCAUGAGCAUUGGCCAUUUGGUGAUAGCUUCUGGACUGCCUGCUGCUCUAUAUGUUGGUUCCGUAUUGGUUGGAGUUUGCUAUGGCUCUCAGUGGUCCCUAAUGCCCACAAUUACUUCUGAAAUAUUCGGUCUAGCACAUAUGGGAAGCAUAUUCAACACAAUUACCAUAGCAAGUCCUGUUGGAUCUUAUAUAUUCUCUGUAAGAGUAGUUGGGUAUGUAUAUGACAAAGAAGCGUCAGAAGGAUAUACAUGCUCUGGAACUCAUUGUUUUAUGUUAUCUUUCCUUAUAAUGGCUUCUGCUGCUGUUUUGGGUUCUCUGGCUGCUCUAGGCUUGUUUUUUCGAACGAAAGGUUUCUAUAAUCAAGUUCUUCUCAGACGACUUCAAUAUCCUUCUGAGUGAAGAGAUGAAGCAGUAAUAUAAUGUGAUAAUUUGUCGAGGCUUUGCUAUUCCAGUUCUUCUCUCUCUCUGUGAGUGGGAGUCUGUAAAUCACUUGUGCUCGUUGAUUCUCUUGUCGCUGUCAAUGGAGGAGGGAAUAUGUUGGAAAUAACUUUUCCUUAGUAUUAUAGUACUGUUAUGGAGGUGAACUGGAAGAAACUGUUUGCCAUGCCAUGUGUCAAAGAUGUACUAAACUGGGUAAAAAAUCCGAAAAGAAAAGGGCUUGGGUUCGAUGCUGCCUUCGGCAGGAUGUUUUUUAUCAGUGAAUAAAAGUAUAUGUUUUUAUCAA